UAGGCGCCGUCUAUAUACAGCAAUAAGACUACAAUUCCCACAGUGUGUGCUGUUCAUGGCGUCUGGUCAAGGGCUAAUGACAAGUCGCCUUCUGACAAACAGAUAGGCCCGUGAUUUUAACGGUGUUGUUGUUGUUGUGCUGUCUGCGAGUGACACGAUGGAGGUGGAGAGCGUCCGCGUGGAAGAUGAAGGGCGCCUGACCCAGAUGAGGUUUGAUGCCGCCGUGAAGGUGAUCAAGAGUUUACCCCCGAAUGGUCCCUUUCAGCCCUCCAAUGACAUGAUGCUCAAGUUCUACAGCUACUAUAAACAGGCCACUGUGGGACCAUGCAGCAUACCCCGACCUGGCUUCUGGGAUGUAGUUGGAAAGGCGAAAUGGGAUGCCUGGAAUUCUCUUGGAGAAAUGUCCAAAGAAGAAGCAAUGUCAUCUUAUGUUGAUGAAAUGAAACUGAUCCUAGAGGGGAUGCCCAUGACCGACGAGGUGGAGGAGCUGUUAAAGGUCCUCGGCCCGUUCUACGAGCUGGUGGACGAAAAGAAAAAGAUCGCGCAGAUAUCAGACCUGAGCACAGGGUUUGGCACAAUGAUGAAUUCAAUGGCAUCAAAAAGUGUUGCAAAGAGCAUUGUUAGAAACAUGGAAAUGAACGGCACUCUGGAGACACGGCCUGCAAGGCUUAAACAGAAGGAAGUGAGGUCAGAGGAAGAUGCGCUGCAGGAUGAUGAUGAGGAGGAGGAGGAGGAGGAAGAUGACGAUGAGGAGGAGGAAGAGGAGGAGGAGGAAGAAGAAGAAAUGGUGACAAGGGAGGUCAGAAAAGACAAAAAAUCUGGACCAUCACAACCAAAGAAGAAAACUUUAGCUAGGAGACAAAAAGCUCCGCUGUCAAACGGUAAAGUCGCUAACGGGGCCACCCAUCUGACCAAUGGCAGUCAUUCCAGAGCUGCUCUGAACAGCGACAAGUCCCAGGAGGGUUCACUAGGCGAGCCUCUGCUCAACGGACACAAUCCAGAUCCAAGUGUAGCUGCGUCUGCACCCAGUCACCUGACCAGCGACUCAGACAGCGAGGUGUACUGUGACUCUGUGGACCAGUUCGGACAGGAAGAGAACUCGGAGCAUAACCGCUCUCUGGAUGAAUUGGAUGAAGAAGAGAACCACCUCCAUGCAAUUAUGAACUCUUUCUUUUGGCAGGCAAGAUCAGUGGCUCUGUCUCCUACUUAUGCAUCUCCCCCAGUGAAUAAUAGGAGUCAGAAACCGUCCUGGUGGCCUUUUGACAUUUCACCAACCAGUUUGGCCUUUGCUCUUAUAUGGCCAUUUGUGGUACAGUGGCUUAUCCGCCUAUACUUGCAGAGGAGGAGAAGACGAAUCAACUGAACCCAGUGACACCUUAAAUCGCCGUGGGCACGACAAUAACAAAUCCCCAAAAUAUUAUGGAUGGGUUGCUAAUGGCUGUAACUCUUCCCCUGCUUAGACCCAUGGCCCAGUAAUUAGCUCUUGCACUAUAAAGAAAGCCCCUAAAACUAACGAGAGCGAGGAAGCAGUCUCUCAGGCGCGUUGCAGCGUGGAUGUGGAGUCACAAAGGAAGAUGAAAGUAUGGGCUUGCUGUCUGUGAUUAUCCAACUGUUUCAAGAUGAAUCUACUGUAUUGGAUUGUUUUUCUCUGUAAGAAAUGGUCUGAGUCCAGCUGUAGAGUAGCUUCUCAAUUAUUUCCGUAACUGAGAUAUUAUUGCACACAAAUCUGCGUUUUCAGCUUAAGGUUUCAUUUGAUGUUACUAGAAAUGUCCCCAAUUCCCUUUCAUUAGUUGCCCAGGUAAUGCUGCUAUAGUAAAAUAUUGUAAUUACUGUAGAAAUGAGGAAUGAAUGUAUUAAUUAUUGAAAUGUGAGAUUCUUUUUCAUUCUAAAUUAAUAUUUAUUGCUUUUAGCAACAGUUGCAAUGAAGACGUUGCUGGCCAGCUUUCAGCUGUAAAAGUGAGAUUUCUGUUGAAGUGAAUAUUUGUGUGUAGAUCAGACCAGGUUCAGGAUGUUUUCAUCAACGGUUUUGCUACAUAUCAGUCUGCAAUCACUUCAGAUUGUUUUGUACUUCAGUUUCUAAAUAGAAGAAGUGCCUCAGCAUUACAAGGUAUUUUGUACUGUAGGCAUUAUGAUUUCUUACAUUCUCUUAUUGUAACAUAACCCUUGCAUUUCUGGACCAAAUUCAGACUAAUUGUACUACUUAGUGAGCCAUGAAUUAGCAGAAAUCUUCCAAUCUGAUAUCCUAUAACUAAUGCAUAAUGUUUGUCACCGUCUGUGUCGUUUCAUUUUAAUGUGUGAAGAAUUUCAUUGGGAUGAUAGUAAUCGUGAAUUGUUUGCAGAGCAGCGAGCUCCAUAUAAAUUGUAUACAAUAGCUGUACAGUCCAAACAAAAAUGCAAUAUUUUAAUUGCAUCUCUGUGUAAUAUGAUACCAUAUUUACAAAGUAUGGCAUCUGCAUUAGCACUGAUCUUUCCAGCGCUAUUAUGUUUUAAUUAAAGAAAAAAAAUGCAAUAGUUUACCUUUCUACUGAAAUGUACUAAGGCUUUCUCACCCUCUCUGCCUGUGGAUAGAGUGGUGUUUUGCAUGUGAUAAUCUCAGCCUGAAAUAAAGUUUUCACAAAGCA